AUGACCCCGUCCACAGCUCUGAUAGUCCUCCUCUCCACAGUCCUGGGACACGCAGUUAGAAUUCUUCUUUCACCCUCUUCAGGAUCGGCAGUGAGCCCGGUGGUGACCUUCACCCCAAACUGGAAGAAGAUCUUCAUAGGAGAGUCUAUGACAAUGACGUGUGAUGUUGGGUCUACUGGAGGAGGAGAUCUGACCUACACCUGGAUCAAAGAUGGUAAAUGGGUCAUCCAUACAGGAAGAACCUUCACCAUUACAUCUGCAGCACCUGAGUUUAGCGGAGACUACAGCUGCCGGGCCGAGCUGUUUGUAAAACCAACAAUCAUUGGAAUCCAAUAUCCGGAGGUAGAAGGAGAUCACAUGACCCUGACAUGUGACACGAGUCUCAGUCCGCUCAGACCGCGGACACAACUCCAAUUUGCUUUCUACAGAGAUGGACGGAAGGUUCAGGAAUUCGGUUCCCCCAAUCAAUAUGGAGUCCAGUCCGCUCAGCUGGAGGAUUCUGGGAGUUAUUCCUGUGACGUGAGAACUUCUGAUGGCAAAGUGAGGAACAGUAGUCACUUCCUCCCGAUUGUGAUAAAAGAGCUGUUUUCCACCCCGGUGCUAAAUGUAAGCGCUACUGAAGUCUUAGAAGAUGACAGCAUGACCCUGACAUGUGACACGAGUCUCAGUCCGCUCAGAACGGGGACACAACUCCAAUUUGCUUUCUACAGAGAUGGACGGAAUGUUCAGGAAUUCGGUUCCUCCCAUCAAUAUGGAGUCCAGUCCGCUCAGCUGGGGGAUUCUGGGAGUUAUUCCUGUGAAGUGAGAUCUUCGAAUGGCAAGGUGAGGAAAAGUAGUCACUUCACCCCGAUUGUGAUAAAAGGGAAAAGUCGUACAGACAACACACCGAUCAUCAUGGCGGCUCUUCUGGUCUCACUCCUGGUUGCCGCUUUCCUGCUCUUCAUGUACAGACACAAGCUGCACCGGUGUCCACAUCAACGAAGAGGACGGCAACCUCAGAUUCCCCCAACACACAUACCGCUGAUCCAUCGGGCCGCAAUGUUCCAGUUUUGUGUCAUCGCUCCGCAGAACAGAAUCCCGAAACUUCUCCGUCUUAUUUAUAUGAUUUGGAGGAUAUUGGAGGCUCAGGCAACUUCUCUUGUGGUUUUGGGGUCAGUGGUGGUGACGUCUCGGAGUUCCGGCAUGGAAACCUUCUAUGUUUAG